AUGGAAACAUUGCUGAAUAACUUUACUCCUGACUCAUUACGUCCGUGUUCGAACUGUAAGAAGAAGAAAGUGAAGUGUGUAGGUACGGCACCUAGUUGUACCCGAUGCAAAAAAUAUGGGUUGUCAUGUGAUCUUUCUGAUAAUGUUCUUUAUAGUUAUAGCUCCAUUGAAACAAUUAUUACUCAAAUAAAAGAGCUGGAAGCGAUUCUGGAAUCUAAAAGGGUGGGAUCAAAUAGCAAUCUGACUACAUUGGGUUUGCCAAACAACACCGAAGUUACCGAUGAGUCGAAAACCCCUGAAUCAGUGCACAAGGAACCAGAAACACUUGAUGAAUUGAGUGAUGAGGUUGGAACGUUGACCACAUCAGGUAACGACGAUUUGCAAGGCAAGUAUAUUGGUGCUGCAACAGGCUCUAACUUUGCCAAGGCAUUCUUGAAGCAGAUGCAUUUACAGAAAUUAGAUGAUUUGAGUAAUAUGUCCUCUUCUGACUUCUCUGGGUACGAUCAUGUAACAUCACUCGGCUCGACAUCAUGUUCCCCAUUACCACCGUACAAUGUUGGUAAGAUGUCAUUAAAUUUUUACAUGGACACAGUACACCCAUGCUAUCCUGUUUUUGUAUUGAAGGACUUCCUUGAAGUUUUUGAAACUUGUUACAAAUCUCCACAGAGUUUAACUUACCAUGAUAAAUAUGUGGUUUUCAUGGUAAUUGCAAUUGGUUUUGAAAGAGGUGAGAAAGAUUGUGAGAUUGCCAAACAUUAUAAUCAAUAUAAACCCAUUGAAUUCUAUAAUACGGCUUUUAGGUAUUUGGAGAAAACCAUAACUAAUAGAUCAAUCGAUAGUUUACAGGAACUAUUGCUAUUGAUGAUUUGGAAACUCAAUACCGAUGUAUUUAAAGAUGAUUAUGGUGACUUCUGGUAUAUGGGAAGAUACUUAAUAGCGUUAGCUAUCGAAUUGGAACUCCAUCUUACUAAAAAUCUUGAAAACUUAUCUGAGAAUAAAAUCGAACUUCGGAAGCGGCUUUUUUGGUCUUCCUUUUUACUUGAAAGGGGCAAUACUGUCAAAUAUGGUAGAGGUUUGACUAUUAGGAUGCAUAAUAUUGAAAUUGGAAGGCCAUCAAUGAUUAAAGACGAUACCUUUGAGUUUUAUGCUACCAUUGAUGAUAGGAGUGACUUUGUAGGUACAAGGAAUUCGUUUUUUAAGAAUUACAAUGUAAUUCAUUUGACUCCGUGUCUGUUAUCAAUCGAAUUAUAUGAGAUUUAUGGUGUGCUAUUAGAAACCGUUUAUAUUUCAAGGACUAAGGGCUCAACUCCCAGGUUAGAUAUGAAUACAAUAAUUGGCUAUAAAACUGAAAUAGAACGAUCAAUAUCAUCUUUGCUAAUUCGCAUUGAAUCUGAAUUGCCGCAUACUUGUCUAUUUUAUCAUGAACUCAAAAUCAAGUCUUAUAUUGGAUCCAUCAUUCUACACAGACCCUCCCCUUCUUUUCCUAAUCCAAAUGACGAGUCUUUAAAAAUUUGUAGAGACCAUUGUUUGCAAGCAGUGGAAUCUUUCAAAUUUUUAACAGCAAAGGGAUCCACAUGGAAGACGAAACCCGCUUCUUUACAUGACUUAGUUAAUAUUGGAUUAACUAUGAUAUUUUGUUGCUGGAAAAUUGAAAAAGAUUCCACCACUCUCAAAAGUUUCUCCUCUAUCACUUUGAAUGUUAUGAAUGACAUGAUCGACUUUUAUCCUUCCUUUAUCAAAUUUAAGAAUCUUUACAUUGUUAUCUCUGCAAUUAUCAUCAAGUCUCUUGAUGAGAAAGAACGUUUAUCUCAAACUCCCACCGAUCCAAAUAAUAUAUUCAAUGAUGUCCCCUCACCACUUCAAAACUUGAAACAAAAUUUAAUAUUUCAACAGCAAUGGCAGCCACUAAAUCCUCAACUAAAUGAACGGCAAUAUUUGAAUAAUCAAUUUCUACAACAUCAACAACAACAAGAGCAGCAGCAGCAGCAGACUGGACAACAGAAUCAGUACCAACAAACACUAUUUGCAUCCCAAAGUCAGUAUGAACAACUUCAGCGAGAUCAGCAUCUACAACAGGAAAAAGAGCCACAACAACGGCAUAAGAAGCAACGUGUACAGCAUCCUCAAGAAUUGACAAGCUUCUCGGAUCAUUCUAAUGUGUAUACCGAACAGAAUACUUCAGAUACCAUGCCAAAUGUUGAAACACGACAUCAACCACGAGCAUUCCCAUACCUAAAUAUGAAAAAGACAUCGACUUUUACUCCCAAAAAUAGCACAUUGUUUGACUCCUCGAUGGAUGCGCAAUCACCGCAUGGUACGCCGGCUUAUCUGACAAGCAAAUUGCCUAUGAAACCGUCCUACUUGGCACAAGAAAGGAAUAAUGGUAAUGGAAACAACAAUGUACAGGUACAGCAGCAGCAACACCUACAACAGCAGCAACCAUUUAUGAAUGUCGAUCCGUACAUAAGCAAUACAACAAUGCCAGACGGAAUGGGUACAGUGGAUCCAAUGACACAAGAGUUAUUUCAAGAUAUAUUUAAUAAAUAUUAUUUUCAGGGUAAUGAUUCUAUUAAAGAGGAUAUCGAUCAAUUAUUUGAAUUUCAGAAAUUUAACUGGCUUUAA